AUGGCAGAUUGGCCACUUUCACAAACUCAAUGCUGGCUGGCUUUUUUUAUUAGCCUCUGCCACGUGCUCCGCGCUGUCCAGGGAGUUCCGAUGCACCCCGGUUUCCCGCAAAACCCCAGGACAUCAUCCAGCGUUUGGAGUGCCCCAGCUCAUGUCGAAAGCGAACAUGUGCCCGAAGGCUAUUCCAUCGUCCAUACCGCCCAACCUGGUUUUUACAGCACAAGGAUGCGCAACCCAUACCCUUUGACUUAUGCUGACGCGUACCAGUAUCAAUCCCACCCAUGUAUGCUGCUUGCUGAGCAUUUAGUUCCAAUUGUUCAACCAAGGUUACCGCACCAAAAUAUGCUAUAUCCACAGUACGCGUCAAUCCUCAACGCAACGCCCGAGCGUCACGAGGAAAUAUUUCAACGUCGGAUCAAGGAAAGGGACGAAGAGCGCGCUGUGCGGAAGGCAAAAUCUUCACAAGAGGUAUCCUCACGCUUGAAAGCGCUUGUCAAGCCGAUGGAUUCUGGCGGAGGAUACGGUGGAUUUUCGGGGAAACCGCAAGUCCCCGAACUACCUGUCCGACAGAGUAGUAUUAACCAACCAGUAAUGUCUCCCUCAGUGGUUCAUAAAAAUAAUUAUUUGGCCGUAGAUAGCGACGAACGUAGGCAGCUGCCAGCCAAGGGUUUAAUUACGCCGACGAUGGAUUUCCACCAGGGAGAGACAGAAAAUCAAGCCGGGCGCCAGCCAAAAGUUCCGAAGACCACUAGUGAUACCCCAGAAAAAGUGGAUCCAAGUUCGACCAAAAUUGCGGAGGACUCUUCCACACAUCUUGAACAGAAAGAUAAUUCCAGGGACCUUUCCACGCCUCUCAAUGGGAAGAACAAAGCCAGCAGUCCGGGAUUUCCUUUGAAUGGGAUUGGAGGCUCGGCAUAUGAUCUGGCUGGACUGAGGGCGUCCGUAGAUCUUCCCACGUUCGGGAAAGUUGAGGAUCUGAAAAAUGAGAAGUUUCCCGGGUCCAAGAUUAAAAUUACCCAUCCUCUCUCUGGAAAAACUGUUGUCCCUGUGAGCGAGGCCGCCCAUUUGACGAAGACUCAAGUAGUAAAUAACCAAGACCUAACUCGCCAAAAGAUUGAUGUUGCCUCACACAAUCAAGAGGAAACGUUUCCCCCUGCUGAUACACUUCCGGUUCAAACUGGCCAAUUGCAGCAAAGUCUGCCGCAUGAAUCAGAAAAUAGUCGUGCGAUGUCUGUACCCAAUAAAUUCAUGAAUGACUUGGAAUUCCCCCAGCUCGAUGCACUUGUAAAACCCAAACCUAACCUCUCAGAGAAUCAAAAGACUGUUGUUGCUUCUGAAAUCACUUACAAAAAUGUGGUCUUGAAAGAGGAAGACGUGCCGAUAUCCAAGGCGAAAAAACUCACCGGAGUUGCAAAACAGAAGAAAAAAAUUAUAUCCGGGUCGCAAGGAACUCAUUGGAAUAAUCAAAAUCCAAAUCCUAACUUGGUCGAACCGCAUGCCCGGGCAAGCGCAAAGGGUUUGACAGCAGUCGGACAGCCCCGGAUUACGAGAAGUGGCCAAAAACCUCCCGAAUACCAAGCCGAAGCCUUUCCAUCGCUCAAGUCUCAAGCAACCUUUGGCGCCGCUGAUGCAACCAAUCCCAAUGCUGACCGAGUCACAUAUUCAAAGCCCGCCAAGGUAGACCCCCACUUUUCUUCUGGUCCUGGUAGCGUAGGCGGCGUAGAACAUUCAGGGUUGAGGACCCAUGUAAAGACUAACAAGGCGAAGAUUGAUUUCACAGAGAUAAAGAAUGUGAACUCAGAUGGAUUGCGAAAGGGAUACUGGGAAGUCUUGGGUAACCAAGCUAGUGUUGAUUCAGUCUCAACACAUGAAGAAACCCCAGCAGGUUCGGAUCAGAUAUCAAAUCCGGAACAUCCUGUUCUUCCUUCGCCCGAGGGAAAAGAAAAUAAAGAUGAAGAAACUGAUGGCGCCGACCUCAGACCUGAUCAAAACGGCGAUGGAACAAGUAAUGAUGCUGGUUCAUUGCAAGUGGCAGGAUUUGAUGAAUCUGGAAAAACGGCUGGUAUGAAAGCAUCUCAGAAAAGGAAAAAGAAGAAGAAAAAGUCGACAGGCAGCAAGCAAAAAUUGGACGAUGAUUGGAAGUUAUUGAAAGCACUUGAAAAAGAGAGAAACACCAAAAUAACAUCUGAAAAGGAGCUAGGGAGCAUCGAGCUGAAGGAUGAGAAGGAGGGUCAAGGCAAGGGAGGAUAUACGGUUGAGGAAAUAAAUGAGGGCUUUAAACUUCCAGGACCUUCUGACAAAGACGUAUAUGCGUUUAUCAAUGGACCUAUUUUUCUAUGCUUGGACGCAGCCUUGAUACCUUUUGCCAGUAAAGAAGGUCACAUUUAUCCAGGGUUACCACGACCAAAGAGCCAGCGCAAGCCACUGAAACUUGAGGUCCUUGAAAAUCGACUUAAAACUUGGAAAACAGAUGCACCUCCAUCAAGAAGGUUCGGCAGAGAUCAUGUGAAGUUAUGGAGACAGCUAGGCGUAGAUUUAGACUUGAUGGACAGCAUAUCAAGAUAUAUGAAUAUUGUUGACUCAACUGUUCAUUUAUCUUUGCCGGAUUUGGAUUAUCAUACCUACGCGGCACUCCGGGACGUAUGGCACAGGCCUGAAGAUAGGGUGAAAUUUCUAGUUUGUGUAACUUGGUGGAUGGGUGAUGUUUUUAAAAACUCUUGGGAGUUCAUGAGAAGGAUGAAAACAUUGGCCAAACAGGUUUUUGAACGGACGGUUGUUGACAAUUGGAAUGUGAUAAGCAAGCACUUGGUCGAAAAUCAAAAUCUUCCCCAGUCAGAACGUCUUACCAAGUCAGAAAGCGACAGGAUCCAAAAAUUCUACUGCCUGACAGUUAAAUUUCCCAAAUCACCUACGGGCGCAGUUUCUCCACUGGAAGAACGCCUGGUUCCGGCAAGAAAAUUUCUUGUUUUGAAUCGGAUCAAGGAAUCUUUAGGAAUUGAAACCUCAAACACAUUUACUAGAACAAGACCAAUUGGACUCGACGAUCUUGCAAAAGGAAGCAUAGUUGCGCAAAAUUUUGAAGAGCUUCAUCGAAGGAGCAGAUACAACGGACUCGAGAUUGAGAAAGUAUUGGGCCUACUAGAAAUGUUUGGAGUGGAUAGGAGCACGGAGAAGCAGUUAUUAGAGUCAUCAGGAAAGGAUUUUGCGGAAUCUUUAGCGGAUGAAUUGAUUCCUUUUCAUUUUGAUUCACCUGAGCAGCAUUGGCUUAGAAAACAUUACCCACCCGAAUUGGUAGACCAAAUGUGCGAUCACAUGGAACGUGAAUUCAAGCGUUAUGUCGGGAUCCAAAACUAA